AUGGUGGCCAAAAACUCAAUCGAAGUUGAGUGCAAGUCCCUAGAUGAAACGAAAGCUGAAGUUGAUGGCCUCGUUGAACCGCAAAUCACUGAGUUUACUUCAAUCUUUGGCCUUCCUCCAGUGGCGUCAGAUGAAAAGAAACCUAACGUCUCAGCCUCAGAGUUAGCAGUCCCUAUCAUCGACUUUGCAAUGUCACGUGAAGGCAUUGUGGAGAAGAUCAAAGAAGCUGCUGAGAAGUGGGGAAUUUUCCAAGUGAUCAACCAUGGUGUUCCUUUAACCGUUCUUGAAGAGAUCAAAGAUGGAGUUGUUAGGUUUCAUGAGGAAGAUCCCGAGGUUAAGAAAACUUACUUCUCACGUAACUUCGCCAAGACAUUUAUCUACCACAAUAACUUCGAACUCUAUAGUUCAUCUGCUGGUAAUUGGAGAGACAGCUUCGGUUGUUACAUGGCUCCUAACCUUCCAAACCCUGAGGAGAUCCCAGUGGCUUGCAGAGACGCUAUGAUUGGAUACUCGAAGCAUGUGAUGAGCUUAGGUGGUUUGAUUUUUGAACUUCUCUCGGAAGCUCUUGGUUUUAAGCUCAGAGAAACUUAA